AUGAGCCUUUACUACGUGUACUUGAGAUGGUACAAGGAGAAAGAUAGUAGAUGUGGACAAUGGGCGCGUCAAAUUCUCACCUGCGAGUCCCGUUACGUUGCGGACGAGUUCUUUCGAGCAUGCAAGGAGCUCAAGGACACUCGGGGGAGGUCACGCUUCACAAGGCUUGAACGCAACAAUCCACAGUUCUGGCUAUACGAUACUACCGACGGCGAUCCAUGGAUGUCCCUCUUCGAUAUAUUGGGAGCGAAUCUCGGUAUGCCGGAUUCAGUCAAGGGGAGGAUAAUGCCAACUCUUCUUCAUGAUGGUCCCAGCCGGAUAUGGGAUGCUGCUCCUGUAAUUCCUGGGCGAGAUUGGGUUCACAAUUGCUCUUACUUCAUUCGCAAUAUACGGCAGCCCGAGCUCUACUGGUCCCUCGAUCCUUCAUCAUCCAAUAUCCUGGUCUCGGACAAACAAAAGACGAAAUUUCGAGUUUCUGCGGUCCAGUUUGGGCGUGAUGACAAGAACAAGGUUCUGACCCGAAGCGAUAUUGUCCGUCUAUCCCUUCCCAACAAUCCUGCCGCUGUGGGAGCUACAGCCCAUGUGCGAGUCGCAACAGAUAGUGGUGUGAUCUGUGGGGCGGAUGCGGGGGAAUUUACGUUUCGAUUUGGAGAUCUGCUUGGCAACUUUGGAAGCAAAUGGGCUGCACAUCCGGCCGGGGAUGCCCGCGAGUUCCUAACCUGGAGCGAGCAGGGUGAGCAGGAUGACUGGGAGCUUUGUUAG